UUCUAAUAGGAUGAAUCCUGAUCAUUCUCUCUGGAACCUCCAGUAGAUGAGCUCAUCCUUCAAAUUCUGCAGCCAUUUCAAGUGAUGGAUACCAAUGAUGACCCCGAUGAAGACCACCUUACAAGCUAUGAUAUCCAGCUCAGUAUUGAAGAAUCCAUUGACGCCAGCAAGACUACAUUAUAUUCUGAAAGAUUUGUACCACUAAGUGUUGAAAACAGAAAAAUUGUGGAGGCCAUAAAACAAGGUCACAUUCUUGAACUCCAGGAAUAUGUGAAAUAUAAAUAUGCAUUGGAUGAAGCUGAUGAAAAAGGAUGGUUUCCAUUGCAUGAAGCUGUUGUUCAGCCCAUUCAACAAAUACUUGAAAUUGUCCUGGAUGCAUCCUAUAACACACUUUGGGAGUUCAAAACCUCUGAUGGAGAAACACCCUUGACUUUGGCAGUAAAAGCUAGUCUGGUGGAAAAUGUAAGAACCUUAUUAGAAAAGGGAGUGUGGCCAAACACCAAAAAUGACAAAGGAGAGACGCCCCUUCUGAUUGUGAGAACUUUCAAGAACGACUCUUCUGUAAAAAAGGGCUCUUAUGACAUGGUGUCAGCUCUGCUUAAACACAAUGCCAGCCUUGAUCAGCCCUGUGUCAAGCGAUGGUCAGCAAUGCAUGAAGCAGCCAAACAAGGCCGCCAAGAUAUCAUAGCUCUGCUACUAAAACACGGAGGCAAUGUCCACCUGAGAGAUGGAUUUGGAGUCACACCAUUAGGUGUUGCGGCUGAGCAUGGUCACUGUGACGUGUUGGAGCACUUAAUCCACAAAGGCGGUGACGUGUUUGCCUUGGCAGACGAUGGGGCAUCGGUGCUAUUUGAGGCGGCAGGAGGGGGCAAUCCUGACUGCAUUUCCCUCCUGCUGGAUUAUGGAGGAAGUGGAAACGUACCUAACAGAACAGGGCACCUUCCUAUACACCGCGCUGCCUACGAGGGACAUUACCUUGUACUGAAGUAUCUCAUCCCUGUAACAUCCAAAUAUGCCAUCCAGAAAAGUGGCCUAACACCAAUUCACUCAGCAGCAGAUGGACAGAAUGUACAGUGCCUAGAACUGCUUAUUGAAAAUGGCUUUGAUGUCAAUACCCUGCUUGCUGACCACAUUUCUGAGAGCUAUGACGAUGAGCGGAAGACAGCACUCUAUUUUGCCGUAUGUAAUAAUGAUAUCCAUUGCACAGAAGUCCUUCUGGAUGCAGGUGCAGACCCAAACUUAGAUCCCCUCAACUGUCUACUUGUGGCAGUGAGGGCCAAUAACCAUGAAAUUGUCCGGCUGCUUCUCUCCCAUGGAGCUAAUGUCAAUUGUUAUUUUAUGCAUGUGAAUGACACUCGCUUCCCCAGUGCCAUUCAGUAUGCCCUGAAUGACGAGGUAAUGCUGAGGCUGCUGCUGAAUAAUGGCUAUCAAGUGGAGAUGUGCUUUGACUGCACGCAUGGGGACAUCUUUGGAAAUUCCUUUGUGUGGUCAGAGAUAGAGGAAGAGGUACUGCCAGGAUGGACAUCCUGUGUAAUAAAAGACAACCCGUUCUGUGAGUUUAUUACAGUUCCUUGGAUGAAACACUUGGUGGGCAGCGUUAUUCGUAUAUUAAUAGAUUAUAUGGAUUACAUCCCUCUGUGUGCUAAACUGAAGUCUGCACUAGAAGUACAGAGACAAUGGCCAGAAAUCCGUCAGAUACUAGAGAAUCCUUGCUCAUUAAAGCAUUUGUGCCGGUUAAAAAUUCGAAGACUUAUGGGACUCCAGAGACUCUGCCAACCAGCCUCAAUGAAGAAGCUCCAUCUACCACCACCCAUUCAAAGAUACAUACUAUUUAAAGAGUAUGAUCUCUAUGGACGAGAGCUAAAAUUGCCAUAAUUUAAAAAUAGUAUUUUAAAAUGUGAUUUCUAAAAUAUUUUGAAAUAGGAUUCCUUCAGAGAAUUUCUUGGAACCAUUUUACAUCUUUAAAUGUAUUUAAAUCCAUUAACAAUUUUAUGACUGAAACAGUGUGUUCUUAAGGGAACACCAUAUUUUACAUCUUUAAAGACCUUUACGAAGAACCACUUUCUCAAACUCACAUCUCCAGCCAAUUGCUGGCCCUUUGAGUGAAAAAAGCUCUUUCCUGCCUUCAGAUUCACGCAGGGCAGUCUGGCUCCUGCUCCCUCUGUUAUCCCAGAUCCUUGACAGCUUUCUUGUUGCCAGUCUCAGUGAGCAUUCUGGUCCUUUCAGCUGAUUCCUGCAGCACCUGAACUGCUGCCUGCUGGCUCCUUGAACUGCUGUCUCCCCUGGUCUGCAUGCACCUGCCUCUCGGCUCUCCCCCUACUUCCCUGACCACCCUGCCUCUGCCAGCCCCUUAGGAUGUGCCUUAAGCCCUCUUCUUAUACUGUGUUCUCUGGGGAAUCCAUCCAUGUCUACAAUUUCAAUUUUUAUUUAUAUGCUACUGACUGUAAAAUUUAUAUCCGAAGUUCAGCUCCUUCUCUCAUCUGUUUGAGACCUAUGUAGACAUUUGAACACAAAGGCACCUCAAAUUCAACAUGUCUCAAAAUGAACUCGCCACCUUCCUCCACACAAAGCCUUCUUCUACAUCCUCUACUGAAAGCCAGUUUCCCAAGGCAAAAGCCUGGACAUCAGUCUUGAUCAUCCCAUUUUCCUUACCCAGUAUGACAAGUCACCAAAUCCUUGGUAAGUUUGUCCCUUUAAGUCGUCGUCUUCUACUCAGUUGUAUUGAUUUGGCCCUAAUUCUAGCUGUUACUCCCUUUUCCUGGGAUACUCUAGUGUUUCAUAACUGGCCUUCCUCCCAGCUGCCUUUCCCCAUACAACACACAUUCUACACAUAACAACCCAGAGGGGUCUUUUACAAAUAUAAGGAGAGUUUCACUCCCCUGUUGAAAAUCAUUUCCACUGCUCUUAGAAAAAAGCCCAAAGUUCUCCUGUGGCCAUUCAUGACCUAAUUCCCUGCCUUCCUCCUCAGCCUUAUCUCUUGACUUCUCCUUCUCCUAUCUCCUUCAACCCUAUCAAACACUUUUAGAACUAAAUUUAUUCUUUGAACAGUAAUUCCCAGACUUUUAGAUUUUAUGCACCAGUAGUUUUUGAUUUGCUUAUUUAUAAAAUAGGGUUGUAUAUUUUUAAAAAUACUUCAUCUACUAUCAUUGUCAUUUCAUAAAAGAGGGGCCAUUUUAAUGCCAGAAAAUAAGACGGCCUUAAACUCAAUUAUUAAAAUCGAACAACUUUAGCUUUGAAAGAACAAACUGUCUUCAUCUCUCCACAGAAUGAAAAUUUCAUUCUGGCCCAAGAAGUAUCUGAGGCCCUUAGUUUGGGAGCCACUAUUAGGAUAGGCCGUGCCUUCUCGCACCUCAGGGUCUUUGCAUUUUCUUCUCCCUCUGCCCGGAAUCCUCCUUCCACCUCCUCCCCUUCUCCACCAUUAUCCUUCAGGUCUCAGCUUAGCUGUUGCUUCCCCUGGGGUGGGAUUACCCCACACAGCACAUCUGUGGCUGUGACAUAGGGGCCUGUGUUCUCAUCUGCUGGCCCCGCUAGGCUGUUAGCUCUGUGAGGACAGGGUCCGUGUUUGUUUUGUUUUCCAGUGUUUUCUUAGGUCCAAACACAUUCCCCAGAGCAACAGUUAUUUGUUGAACAUAUGGAAUGAGUGACUGUAAUAUAAGACCCAGACAAAAAUAAUCAGUGACCUCAUCAUUAUAAAAUGAUAGUUUAAAUCUCUGAAUUGGUUAUAUAGCCUUAAUAAGGUAAUUAUGUAUAUUUACUUUUCUAUUUUCAUUUAGAUUUUAAUAAUGUGCUUUUCAUAUGUUUAUUUAUCUUUAGAGUUGCUGUACUCUUUCAAUAGUAAUGCCUCACUGGUUUGUGAAAUUUUCAGAUUGUAUUUAGCUUUAGUUACCUUUGAAAGAUAAAUAAAUACAAAAAAACCCUGUACAGUUAGAGUUAUAGUUUUAAUCUCUUGUUUUCCUCAGAGGAUAUGUUUUUAUAUAAGUUAAAUUGUAAUGUAUUUAAUGCAAACUAUAGUGCUUUGUGUAUAGUAUUUCAUGAUUCCUCUGUUUUUUCAGUUGUGAUUAGAAUCCAUCAUCAACUAUAAAUAUUGCUCCAAAUAAAUAAGACAAUAAUGAGGAUGUAAGUCUGCUAUAUGAUAUUCAGAAAUUAAAUACAUCAAAGCAUUGACACUUUA